AUGUUGUAUCCGCCAGAGGACGACUCCCCAUAUCCCGAGGUGCGGUCUGCCGUUGCAAACACGGAUGACCCUGAUAUUCCCGUGUCGAGUAUCCGUACAUGGGUUAUGGGUAUUGCAUGGGCGAUCAUAAUAGCCGGCUUGAAUCAGUUCUUCUUCUUCCGGUACCCGUCUGUGUCUAUUUCCUCUAUUGUUGCGCAAUUGCUCUCUUUUCCCGUUGGAAGAGCUUGGGCAAAGGUUGUACCUAAUUGGCGCAUUUUUGGCGUACCUCUCAACCCGGGACCAUUUACGAUCAAAGAGCACGUGCUCGUGACAAUCAUGGCUACCGUGGGCUCGGGUUCGGCAUACGCGACAGACAUUGUCGCUGUCCAACGCGUCUACUACAACCAAGUCUAUAACUUUGGAUAUCAGUGGAUGGUUGUGAUGUCGACUCAGCUAAUCGGUUUUUCCAUUGGGGGUGUUCUUCGGCGAUUCCUAGUUCAGCCCCCGUCUAUGAUUUGGCCUGCUAACCUAGUGACAUGUGCAUUAUUCAACACUUUGCACGCGCAGACAUACGCGGGAAUGGGUAACCGUGGCGGUAUCUCUCGCGAACGAUUUUUCUUCUACGCCUUUGGGUGUGGUGUAUUAUGGUAUUUUGUGCCUGGGUACCUCUUCCAAGCUAUUUCCUACUUCUCGUGGGUCUGCUGGAUAGUUCCCGACAAUAUUAUCGUGAACCAGAUGUUUGGCUAUGUCAGUGGAAUGGGAAUGAGCUUGAUCACGUUCGACUGGUCACAGAUUACGUACAUCGGGAGUCCCCUCGCUACACCAUGGUGGGCUGAAGCCAAUGUUGCAUUUGGCUUUGUCUUCUUCUUUUGGCUCGUUGUCCCCGCCUUGUAUUAUACUAACACAUGGGAGAGCAAGUAUAUGCCAAUUUCUUCCCGUGGGUCAUACGACAACACGGGUGCGGCUUACAACGUCACCCAAAUCAUCAAUGCCGAUGCAUCGCUCAAUAUGACUGCCUACGAAGAGUACAGCCCGCUAUUCUUAUCAACAACAUUUGCAAUGGCUUAUGCCUUAUCAUUUGCGUCUAUCACAGCGACUCUCAUGCACGCUUUCUUAUUCUUCCGAAAGCAAAUAUGGGUUCAAAGCAGGCGUUCAAUGCACGAACAGCCAGAUAUCCACGCUCGAUUAAUGUCGAAAUAUAAGCAGGUGCCCGAGUGGUGGUACAUGAUUAUUUUCUUAUCAAUGUUCGCGAUUGGAGUGAUUUCGAUAGAGGAGUGGCAUACGGAAUUCCCGGUGUGGGCAUUUGUCUUGUCAUUAAUCAUCGCAUUUUUCUAUGUCAUUCCUAUUGGAAUGAUACAAGCAAUCACCAACCAGCAAGUCGGACUGAAUGUUGUCACCGAACUCAUUGUUGGGUAUGCACUUCCUGGCCGUCCUAUCGCCAUGAUGAUGUUCAAGACAUGGGGUUAUAUUACCAUGGCCCAAGCUCUCACUUUUGCUUCUGAUUUUAAACUUGGACACUACAUGAAGAUCCCACCGCGUCCCAUGUUCUGGAGUCAAGUCGUUGCUUCUGUGGUAGCGGGGACAGUGCAGCUUGGAGUCCAAGCAUGGAUGUUCACUAAUAUCGAAGAUAUGUGUAGCACGACUCAGAAAGAUGGAUUCAUAUGCCCAAGUACAGAGGUAUUCGGAACGGCUAGUAUCAUCUGGGGUGUUAUCGGCCCGGCCAGGCAGUUUUCCAAAGGGCAGGUUUACUAUGCUCUUGUCUACUUCUUCCUAAUUGGAGCUUUAUGCCCUUUGGUAGCAUGGCUAAUCACGUUGAAGUGGCCGAAUGGUUUCAUCCGCUAUGUCAACUUCCCGGUUAUCUUCAGCGGUAUCGGCGCAAUCCCUCCUGCUAGUGCUCUCAACUAUGUCCCGUGGGCAAUAGUGGGAUUUAUUUUCCAGUUUGUGAUUAGAAGAAGACAUUUCUCAUGGUGGGCGAAAUAUAAUUAUGUCCUUUCAGCGGCCAUGGAUUCUGGGGUAGCCGUCUCCAUCAUCUUGAUCUUCUUCUGCCUACAAUACCCAGCCAAUGGCACCAUAGGUUUGAAUAGUAUUCAAACAUGGUGGGGUAACACAGUGUUUCUGAACACUGCUGAUGGACGGGCGGAGCCUUUGCUUACAAUCCCUCCCGGACAAACAUUUGGGUGA